CUGGCACUCGCACUCGCAUUCACCUCUGCUUCUUCUUCCCGCCGGUCCUCCCUCACUCAAACCCUAAAACUCCAAUUUCUGGCAAAACCCUAAUUUCUCCCUCUCAAAUAUCCUAUAUUUUGCUCUCUCUUUUUCAUCAACGUAGAGAGAAAGGAUAAAAUGUACAGGGAGAGAGGUGGAGGAGGAUCAAAGGCCAAAAUAGAGGUGACUUCCAGAGUAGGUGGAGGUGGAUUGAAUUUGAAUGGGAAAGAUGAUAAUAAAGACCGYUUGUCAGCUGGGAGCUCCAACCUUUCUAGGUCGUCUUAUCCCGAUGACAGAUCAUCCAAAGUUUUACCACAACCCCCAGCUCGUAAUACAAACAAUCCAGGCAGAGGAGGAGGUUUUGGACGUGGACGUUGGCAAAAUGACAGAGGAGGAGGUUUUGGUCGUGGACGUUGGCAAAAUGACAGAGGGGGAGGUUUUGGUCGUGGACGUUGGCAAAAUGACAGAGGGGGAGGUUUUGGUCGUGGACGUUGGCAAAAUGACAGAGGAGGAGCCGGCAUCCUUCCUCGGCCUGGACCAUUUCCCCAGAGGCAAAACUAUGGUUAUGGGUCUAAGUUUUAUGCUCCUCGUAAUGAUGAACGUUUUGUUUCAGAACUCAAGUUUUCCAAGAGUGAAGAAACAUUGUCGAGGAAGUGCAUAGCAUUUCAAGAGCCGACUGAACUUGGUUGCUAUAGUCGUGURGAAGGCGGAGAAGUGUACUUCGAUGAUAGMAGUUUGCGGCUUUUUAAGCGUCUUAUUACUGAAGAUAUCGGAGCUGAUUUGAACCAAGGUUUUGAUACUUUUAUUGAGAAGAAAGAUUUGGGCUCCCAGGGCUUUGGAGAUCUCCUAGCUUGCAUACGAAACAAAAAUAUUCCGUUACAGAAUAUGCAUUUUGUGACCUAUCGGAACAACCUCAAUAAGAUAUUGGCCACUGCUUAUAUGAGGCAUGAGCCUUGGGAAAUGGGUGUGCAUAAAAGGAAAGGGGUUGUGUAUCUUGAUGUGCAUAAACUGCCUGAAAGGCCACAAAGGGAGCUGGAUCGUCGGAGGUGUUAUUGGGGAUAUUGCUUUGAGACGCUUGCUACUGAAGAUCCGACAAGGGAUGAUGGAGAAGGGAUACACCAUGUUGAUGCCAACGUUGAAUAUUGUUCUGUAGUUAAAACCAAAUUAGGUGCACAUGGGAUUCUAAUGGGUGCUGAAAUGGACUGCUGUGAUUCCAUGGAUGAUGGAAGGAGAUUUUAUGUGGAACUAAAAACUAGUCGUGAGUUGGAUUACCACACUGAGGAAAGAUUUGAGAGGGAGAAAUUGCUAAAGUUUUGGAUUCAGUCUUUUCUUGCUGAUGUCCCGUUUAUCGUCAUUGGUUAUAGGGAUGAUGCUGGCCGGCUUGUGCGUACAGAGAGAUUAAGAACGAAAGACAUAACUCACCGGGUAAAAAUGAAAAAUUAUUGGCAGGGAGGAGUUUGUUUGGCAUUUGCUGAUGAGGUUUUAUGUUGGCUGUAUGGCACCGUAAAAGAGAAUGAAGACUAUAUACUGCAAUUUGCUGCACCAUUUACGCGUUUGGAGCUUCUAACUGCACAAUCUUGCCCACAAGAAAUAACUGAUCAUGUUGAGCAAGAGCAACUAUGAAUGAAGUGGUGGGUGAUGGUCUUUUUGCAUGGCUAAAUCCUAGGAUACUAGAGUCGCAAACACUUAUCGGAUAAGUCAUCGCAUUUGAACACUUAAUAAUGGGGGAUAUUUUCUAGGUUUUGAUUUGAUAUGUAAAUUGAAGUGGUGGAAUGUAUUAAAAUGAUUGGUUGAGAUUGGUUCUCACAGUUACUACA